ACUCACUGGCUUCUAAACACAAAGAAAACAAACCUGUCGGUCUGCCUGCAACCCGGAAACCCUUCAGCGGAGAAAUACCCGAGUGGAGACAGAGAAGCGCAGAGGGAGUCAUGCGCUCUCCGCGCUGCCCAGACGACGCACAGAUCGCCGGUGUGAACUCCUCUGCUCCCGCGGCACAGGUCUGCUUCACAGCCCGUGCGAAUGCGAAGAGACGCUAUCGCUAAUAACGCCGCGUGCGUUCAGACCACGGAAAAAAGAGAGAGCGAGCCAGCGUGAGUAGCAGGGGAGCAGGGGAGGAGGGGAGGAGGGAGGGAGGGUUGUGCGUGCUGAAGAGUGGGUAGUGGUUAUCUGCCCUUGCCCCCCCCCCUACACCCCUCUUCUUUCUUGAAUUUACUUAUUGAAAUGGAAGGCAGCAGAAUGCUUUGACUGAAAAACACCAUUGAAGUUCUUUUGGAGAACUGACUCAAGGGAAGGACAGACUCCUCUUUUGGUUUGAUCUUAUCGUUCGUUUGCGGUACGAGAAAGAACUUUGUAAGCUUAUCUUGUUAUCUUCGUAACUUAUUGAUCACUUGAGUUUUAAAGAUGUGAUUGGGCUUUGCUAUUUCCUAUUCUUAUCCUCUUUCCGGCGUUCAACCCCUUUCAUUUGUACUUUCAGACGUUAGAUUUUUGUUAACUUUCUCAUCUGUCUUUCUGCGGCGACUCUCCCUCCUUCUGCCUCCUUCUGUCGCUUUCAUUUUUUUCUUCUACUCUUUCACACCGUCACCACGCGCUUCUGAGUGGACUGAGAGAAAAAACCACUCUUCUGACUUCUGGACGCGGACAGACUUCUGAAUAGCGCUUGCGAGGGGGGGAGUCUGCCCGUUGCCCGAAGUCGCCGGGACCCGUGCCGGCUAGUGGUCGCGGCCGCGCGGCUGAGGGAAGGCGCGCUCGAGGACAUGCUGGCGCCCUGACUGGAGCCGCCGAAGCUCUCAGUCGCUCUAGCGCCCUCUCAGUCACAGGCGGCCGAACGCAGGCCCCCAGCAGACGCCAGUCUGACCCCCCGGGACGGAGGCGCUCGCCGGGCAACCCAGAGAGCGAUGGCGGCGGCGGCGGCGGGGAGCGAGGGAGGGGCGGGCCGGAGCCCGAGGCUCGGGUUCAAGUUCGGCGUGUCGGCGGACUCGCAGGCCCCGAGCGGCGCGGACCGGCGGCUCCUGGAGAAGACCCUGAAGAGGCUGGACAAGCUGCACAAGCUGGGCACCCACCCGCGGCUGGCCCUCAAGAACAGCCCCCCCUACCUGCCCGACCUGGUGGCGGAGACCUCCGCGCUGCUGGCCGACAUGUGGGAGCCCUACAAGGGGGGGGCGGCGGCGGCGGCGGCGGCAGCCGGCGGGGCGGGGGUCCGCGUCCCGAAAGGCGACGAGGGGGUUUACCUCAAGGUCCACAUCAGGCACCUGCUGGACAAGACGGAGCGGGCCGUGCUGCUCUUCAAGGAGGGCCGAGACAGGAUGUUCGAGGAGGCCUCCAGCUUCAGGAAGAACCUGACCAAACUGACCCUGCUAUUCAGCCACAUGCUUUGUGAGCUGAAGAUUUUGUUUCCGGGGGGCCAGUUUCAAGGUGACACCUACAGGUUCUGUAAACCAGAGGCUGGGGAGUUCUGGAAGAAAGCUUUUGGAGACAGGUGCAUCGUGCCCUGGAGCUCUUUUAAGCAGCAGCUGAAAAGGGUGCACAGCUUUGAGGAAGGCAUGGAGGCCAUGGCCCUGAAGUCCACGGUGGACCUCACCUGCAACGACCACGUCUCCGUCUUCGAGUUCGACGUCUUCACCAGGCUCUUCCAGCCUUGGACGACGCUGCUGCGGAACUGGAAUCAGCUGGCCGUGACGCACCCCGGCUACAUGGCCUUCCUCACGUAUGACCAGGUCACGGCUCGCCUGGGAAACUACACACACCGGCCUGGGAGCUACAUCUUUCGUCUGAGCUGUACGCGCAUGGGCCAGUGGGCCAUCGGCCACGUGGCAGGAAAUGGCGUCAUUGUGCAGACCAUCCCCCAGAAUGCACCUCUGUGCCAAGCGCUCCUCAAGGGCUUCAGAGACGGCUGCUACCUGUACCCGGACGGCCGUGACGUCAACCCCGACUUGACCAGCCUGUGCGGCCCUGCGCAAAAGGGCAAGAUCAAAGUGACUGAGGAGCAGUAUGAGCUUUACUGUGAGAUGGGCAGCACCUUCCAGCUGUGUAAGAUCUGCACAGAGCGGGACAAGGACACCAGGAUACAGCCCUGCGGACACCUGCUCUGCCGCCCCUGCCUCUCCAGCUGGCUGAAAUCGGACGGACACACAUGCCCGUACUGUCGCUGUGACAUCAGGGGCACAGAGUCCAUAGUCAUCGAGCCCUUCAUGUCGAACUGGGGGAGGAAGACUGAGGUGCAGGACGAGGACGUGGACCUCGAGGAAGACGAAGACAACGACUUGGAAGACGUGGAACUAAUGAUGAAAGAACUGGCCUCCAUUAGGCUGUUGGAAGCAGGGAAUCAGAGCCCCCCUUCCAGCCUUGCCCCUCCACGCCCACCCCCAAGGCACAGCACCUCCUCCCCCUGCAGCUCCCCUCGGCCCCCCCUUCGGCCCUCCGUCUCCGAGAUCCUGGACAAGUACUCUCACUCCCGGCCCGCCCAUGGCAGCUCCCAUGGAAAGACAGACAGACAGCUCCACAGACAGUCUGCUACUGGCAGCAGUGAAGUAGCAGAAGCUGAUUACAGCAGGCCUUCAUCCUCACGGGCGACCCAAGACAGUGGAGUGCUGUGGGGCAUGCCGUCAGUCCCGGGAAGACAUGGACAGAUGGAGGCAGCGGGGAGUUCGCAGAAAGACAGGCACAGUUGGAGAGAGAUGGAAAGAUCCAUGUCCUCAUGACAUCAUCCUGACACCCCCCCCACCCCCAACCCCCAAACUAGCACAGUUCCUGACAUCACACCUAGAGCAAGACUCCAAUAAACGCAGGAGCUGAAGAGAACUGAACUGAACUGAACUUUACGCUUCCCACUCGGACAUAAACAGCACAGCCAUAUCAGGACAGAAAAACAUGUGUAUGUAAUGAUGUAUUUAAAAAAAAAGACUUCAUUGUGAUACAGAUGUGCUGACUAUGGGCCAAUUCAUUUAGAAUGGAUCAGUUAGGUGUAGGGACAGUUUUAUUUUAAUAUGUACUUCUGGUGGGGUUUUAAUAGCUUAAAAUAGUCACAAACAGUUUUGCAUAUUGGUUUUUAUAUUGUGUCUGUACUUCCCUUCAUAUAAAAGAAAAAAAUAUGAUCAGACUAUUCUGUUAAUUAAUUUGAGGGGGGAGAGAGAGAGAACGAGAGAGAGUGUGUUUGGGAGAUGUAUAGAAAGAUGGAUAUUGAAAGAGAGAAAAGCAAGGAGGCGGUAUGUGGGGUAAAUUAAGAAGGUGUGAAUUCAGUGAAAGGAUAAACUCGAUGACACUGGCAAUAGAGAGGAGAUUCGCUGAAAAUAAAUCCCACACCAAGAUAAAGAGGCUUUCAGUGACCAUAAUGGGUUUGGGGGAGUAUGGAUUUUUAUAUUUUUAAACUGAAAGAGCUCUAUGUGAGUGGAACUUUAAUGGGAUGAUAACUAGGAGCGAUAUUUGAUGGACAUGGCGUCGAGGUGAUUGGAAAUUGAGAGGCAAAAGGCAGACGAGUUCUAGACUGGACUGAACAAAACACUUAUCGGCUCCGUUUUUGAUAUUUGCAGCUAUAAUUGAUGUGUCGGUAAAAGAGCCUAUUUAACAGGUGACUAUUUAACAUUUACCUGUCCUGUGUAAAAGACUGUAAUGCAUGCGUGACAGUUUGAGGGUUUUAGACUAAGCUAUUUAUUUUUCAAAAUGUUGGUAAAAAGUAUCUCUUUAUUUUUUUUAGCUCACUAGAGCAUUGAUUUUAAUCUCCUUUAUAUCUGUGUUAGUCAGCCCUGUGUUUGUACAAUUUCAGGAUUUACAGUUAUUAAGAAAUGCAAUUUAUUUUUCAACAGCAUUUCCUAUCCUUCAGUUUUAUUUUGUAUCUUCAAUGCUCAGUUGUAUUUGUGUAUCUGUCUCAUCUCCGAAACAUCUUCAGUCAAUUCGAAGGGGGCAUGGGCUAGCAGCCAGCCAUGCAAAAAGCGAGAUGCAUGCGGUAUGACAGAGUGGGAAUGCUGCUAUGUUAUACCCAGUACCCCAGUUUAUAUUCCAGAUUUGUGGAGCUGCUGAUGGACUUUUCACCAAAAUACUGCUGUGCUGGUACAGCUCAGGGAGUGGUUGUGUCACAAGGGGUUUGGGGGACAGCUGACAGGGGUCAGUAGGCACUGAAUUUGGUAGAAGGCCUGGUUAAAAUGAUAUGCUAGUCUGAGAGUAGGGAAAUCAAAAAUGUGACAUGUAUGUGUUGAAAAACCCUGACACAGCAGACUCGCAGUAAAAUCAAAGCAAUCAAAACAAUAAAUAGCCAAUGCACAAAAACAUCCA